AUGAAUGGCCAAGAGUUCUUGGCCGUAUUGGAUAAUGAAGAAAAGACGAUUAAAUCGAAAGCCGACGGAUAUAAUAAACUACUUCAAACAGAUGAUAAUCAUCUCAACGAGGAUGUUCGUUGUGACAUCAACGCCGUAAUUGGUGAAGUGAAUUUAUUACUUCGAGGUAAACUUAAACAAUUCCGUGGUUUAUGUCAAGCAAAUGUUUCAAAAUCGACAACAUCUGCUGGUGAACCGACGCCACUUGAUAGUGAUCUUGAAGGUUUUUGGGAUAUCACAUAUCCAUUAAUUGAUAAAGUUAAGGUCAAGUUUACAAAACUUGACGAUCGUAAAGCAAUGCAAUGGGCUUCAAUUGAAGAUGAAUAUGACCCGAAUGAUGUCAAUAAUCGCCCACGAAUAAUUGACGAACGCCUUAAACAACUUCAACCUCAUCAAAAUAAAUCGAAACCAUCGACAGCAAAAACAGCUAAUGAUGAUCUUAAAAAAUUAAUUCAAGAACGACGAAAAGCGGCUGCGAAUCUAUCUAAUUCGGCAAAUCAAAAUCACGAUGUAGAAAUAUUCGUGACACAAAAAUAA